CCUCUCGUCAGCCACAGGGGGUAUAUAUUCUCUCCACGUCGCCAGCGCUACCCGCAGCCCCCGUCCCUUGCCCGCCCGCCCGACAAACACCCCGCGCGACAGCCAGAUCCCGUCCCUUUCAACGACAACGUUCCUACACAGCGGGUGAUUGCGCAUUUCAAACACCGCAACGUCAUACUCCCGCCCACUUUUCUCUCCCCCCCUCCCUCCGCCCCUCUCACACCACCAUGUCCUCCUCAAUAUCAGCAUCUUCCACCGCCUCCUCCACCGCCUCGGCAACCUCCAGCUCGUCCUCAAUAGUCGGCAACACCAACAGCUCCUCCUUCAAGAUCGUCGGUAUCUGCCUCGCAGUCGGCAGUGGUCUCCUCAUCGGUACCAGCUUUGUAAUCAAGAAGAAGGGCCUGAUCAACUCUACGAAAAAGUAUGGGAACCAAGCGGGAGAAGGUCAUGCGUAUUUGAAGAGCUGGAUGUGGUGGCUGGGGAUGAUCACGAUGAUCGUCGGGGAGAUAUGCAACUUUGUGGCAUAUGCGUUCACCGAGGCUAUCUUGGUCACUCCCAUGGGCGCGCUAUCCGUCGUCGUCGCAGCUAUCCUCUCCCAUUUUCUGCUCAAAGAAAAGCUCACCUUCUUUGGCUGGAUCGGAUGCACGCUCUGUAUAAUGGGCGCCGUCAUCCUCGCCCUAAACGCCCCCGAAGAACAAUCCGUAACCACCAUAGCCGCAUUCAAGAAACUCUUUCUCUCCGCCGGCUUUCUCGCCUGGGCAGGUAUCCUCAUCGUAGGCAGUCUGGUCAUGGUCUUUUACGUGGCUCCCAGGUGGGGCAAGAAGAGCAUGUUGCCGUAUAUCAGUAUUUGUUCGUUGAUCGGGGGACUUAGUGUGAGCUGUACGCAGGGGUUGGGGUCGAGUAUCGUGACGAGUAUCCAGGGAGAUAAUCAGGUCAAGAACUGGUUCUUCUGGUUCUUGUUCGUCUUUGUGGUAAUCACUUUGCUCACAGAGAUCAACUACCUCAACAAAGCUCUCGAGCUAUUCAACACAUCCAUGGUCGUCCCCGUCUACUUCUGCUUCUUCUCCUCCGCCACCCUCAUCACCUCCUUCAUCCUCUACCAAGGCCUCAAAGCCUCCGCCGUAACACUCAUCACCAUGGUCCUCGGCUUCCUCGUCACAUGCCUCGGCAUCACCCUCCUCCAACUAUCCAAAGUCGACCCCGAAGCCCUCGAAUCCAAACUCGACCGCCGGUCCACGAUGCUCAUGGAAGCGUCGCGACACCAGACGGGGGAUGUGGAGAAGGGCGAUGUGGUGGGGAUGGAGGAUCCUGGGAUGGAUGCGCUCCGGGGCGGGUUCGGCGCGGUGGGGAGCAUCAUUAGGGCGAGGAGUGUUAGUCGGAGGUUGAGUAGUGGGAGUACGUUGAGUAAUGGGGGAAAGUAUGGGGCGGGGGGGUUGUCGACGCAUGGGAUGGGGCAUAUGCCGAGGUAUCAGCUGUCGGACAACCCGAUGCCGUCGGAUGCGAUGAGCCAGAUCUCGAUGCACAGUGCCAAAUCACCGUCAUCGAGGAGCUUUAUGAGCGGCCACGCACACUUUUUGAGCCCCAACAGGACUGGAAACUCGAGAGACGACGGCGAUAUCGUCAACAUGUACCAAUACGACCGCGAAGACUCGCACAACCUGCACGCCCCUCCCCCUCCGCUCCGCUCAUACUCAACCGAAAACCAUCAUCACACAUACCACCCCAACCCGCUCUACCCGCCUGUGCUCGAAGAAGACGAACAAGGGUACGAGAAGGAAGUGGAUGCGAAGGGCCGGUAUGGGUCGAGUAGGACAAAGAUAUAUGUGGAUGAUGCGCCUGAUCAGGUGCAGAGCGCGCCUGUAAAGGGCUCAGGAGGGUAUAAGAACCCGUAUGAUGUUUACCCCGCGAGGGCGAAUGAGCCAAAACCGCACAAGUCUAUCGGCAACAUCUUCCAUUUCCCCUCCGGCCCCGACCUCUCGCUCGACAUACCCAAUCAUCAGCGCAGCAGGCAAGAUUCCAGCCGCUCUUCUCGGAGAGAAAAGGAUCAUCAGUAUCCGACAUUGUCAAAGAAGGAUAGGAACGAUGCGCAGGAGAAGGAAGAGCGCCGGGGGCUUGUGAGGAGUGAUAGUGAUGGGUCUGCAGAGAUGAUCAACUCUAGCCCCGAGGGCGAGGGUGGGGAGGGGGAGGUGAGCGAUGAUGAUAGCGUGUCGAGGCAGAGCGAACCGCCGAGUGCGAUAUCGACGCGGGCGACGAUAGGGAUGGGCACGAGGGUCAACCUUUCGCAGGCGGAUUUGAGGAGCGAGCGGAGUGGAGGGUCGGGUGGGGAGCCGGUGAGGAAGGGGACGAAGAGUAGUAGGAGCCAGGCCCAGAUCCAGCAGCAGCAGGGAAGCAAGGCGCCGAGGAGGUUACCGGAUGUCCCUGGGUUUGCGGCUGGACCGCCUUACGGAUCUUGAGGUCUUCUUCUACUUCUUCUUCUUCUCGCACCGCGCUCUCUUUCUUUGGUUAUGGUUGUACAAGUACCUGUAUCAUCUUUCCCUUCUACUCUUUCUCGGCCUGACUCGAGAGAUUCACGUUAUACGCACGACGUUUCUUGACAUGAUAUAGACAAUUUGACUACAUAGAAAGGACUUUUUUUUUCUCACGUUUCUCUCUCGUUUAGGGCCAUUUACGUUCGUUAUAUCAUGCAGCUAUCACAAGUCAUAGCUGCGCUGUCGUGCUGAAGGCAUGUUUGAUCGAUGUGCAUGUGGUUACUGUAGAGUCGAAUGGGCAACCUCCAUGUAAUCCGC